AUGACUGCCACUCCUGUCAAUGAAACCUGCCAUCACCAUUUUCGAUCCAACAGCUUUCCCACUAGAGCACACCCACUCAUUUCAGAAUUCAAUGACCAGUUGAGCAGAUUGAGUGGUUCUGAAACAACCUCUUCAUCAUCAACAUCUUUAUUCCAGAAACUCAUUGGCCUUCAAGAUUUGCAUGAAUGUGUUGAUAACUUGCUGCUGUUGCCUUGCACACAAGACUUAGCCAAAGAACAGCAUCAGAAAUGGUUUAAUGAGCUGUUGGAUGGAUCUCUCAGGCUCUUAGAUGUGUGUGAAUUUGCAAGGGAUGCAUUGCUGCAAACGAAGGAAUACAUACGUGAAUUUCAAUCAACCUUGCGCAGAAGACAUGGCAGUACAAUGGAGCUUACAAGGGAGAAUGAAAAAUACUUGCCCUCUAGGAAGGUGGUAAAAAAGGCAACACAGAAGGCCUUAAAGAGCAUUCAAACUAAGUUGUACUCUAAGAAAAAUGAAGAUCUAGCCAUGGUUAGCAUGUUAAAAGAGCUAGAAGUUGUUACUGUCAUGGUCUUUGAAUCACUCUUGAACUUUAUAGCUGGAACAAAGUUGCAAUCAAAAUCAAGUGGCUGGUUUAUGGUUUCCAAAUUGGCGCACCCAAAAAAAAUAGUAUGUGAGAGUAAAGAAACAGAUGCAAAUGAAUUUGACAAGGUAGAUGUGGCAUUGCAGUCUCUCAUUAGUCACAAGACUAGCAAAUCCGAUUACUCCAUCCACAUUCAGAAAGUGCAGAACUGGAUGGGGAAGUCUGUGUGUAUAGUUGGGUGCAAGACAGUGUGUGUAACAAUAUUUUUCCUUGAAAUAUAUUCCAAGAGUAUUCAAUCCUAG